ACGCGUUUAACCACGACAGGAAACCACCACACAAAAACAACCCUCCCACUCUCACUCUCACUCUCAUACACAACAACAACACUACCACUCCAUAUCCACCAAACUACUCCGUACAACAACACAACCCUCCACCACCACUGGUUCUACUACCAAAUAUCUUAAUUCGAUAAUCCUCGUUUCUACCUACCCCACCCAUACUCAGAUAUAAUCACAUCCAUCUCAUGUCGCUUUGCGCGCAGUAUCAAGCGUUUCUCGCCAACCCGUCGGUGGGUGCGCUCCACGAUGGCAACGCGUCGCUACACUAUGUCACAACCCUCACCAGCAUCAACGACGCUCCUGCCGUCAUAAAGCAUCUCGCCGUACAAGAGAAACUGCUCAAGAAGAAGUCCGAGAAGGUUCUCAACUCUAUCGAAGCUCCCAAUGCCCUGAGCCUGGAGGUGGAGACAACAAUCGAAUUUGUCGCUGGCGGCGGCGCAUAUCUUCCUGGUCUUGACGACAACUUUGUCGCCGACAGAACCGUCACAUUCCCUGUAAUCCAUCUCGUUCAUUUCGACCGCAACAAGAUCUCACAGAUUCGCCUACAUUGGGACCAAGGAUCUCUACUUAAGCAAAUCGAAGUCAUUGGAGCUCGCGCACGUAACUGGCCCAUCCGCGAUGGCAAGGACCAGAUCCGUCUCAUUACAAGGAGCGCAGGACUCGUGGCCCAGUCGUCCGGCAAUACAUCUUCCCAGCGCACAACUACCUCCCAAGAUAGCGACCCAGCGAGCGCACGCCCGACGAGUUCGGCCAGCUCCGUCAGCAACGCAAUGAAUGAUCCCCAUGCCACACUCUCCCUCUUCCAGUCGCGCGAUCCCACCGAUGAGGGCUCUCGAAGCUCCCACCCCAUCGCACCACGUAUGCAAUCGGCAAAGCCGCCGCCGCGCGAAUACUCCGAGCUUUUCGUAAAUGAGGACGGUGGCUCCCCUUCCCCCGCGAAUGCCGCUUCUCAGCGAGAGGUCGUCCCCGUAAAGUCUGGCAGUGGAAAGAACUUCAAGCCCAAUCGCUUGUUUGACGAGCACGAAGAUCCGUCGGCCACUCCUAUGAGUGUUAAAACAAAUGCCAAAAAGUACGACCACUUCGACUUUGCCGAUGAGGAGGACCAGGCCACCCCCAGGGGAGCUGAGAACAAUCGCCCAUCAAUCAAAUCGAAACACCAGUCUCAGUGGGGCUUUGAAGAUUUCGUGACCCCCAACAAAACCAAGCCUAAGGUGUUGGGACAGGCCGUUCGUCAUUUCGGGUGGAGCGAUGAUGAGGAAGAAAGCUCCCCCGUCCGCCGCCCUGUGGUCCACAGAGCCCGCCCGGAUGCCGACCCUCACUUCGAAUUUGUGGAUGAUGGAACUCCAGAGGCCGCAAAGAAGCAACCGUCCACUAAGGGAAACCUCCAUAACAAAGGCCUCGGGCUCUACAAGGAUCAUGUUAUUGGCUCAGACGAUGAGGCAGAUGAUGACGGUCCACGUGGCGAUACUGCGCGCCCCCUCGGAGAUAUAACAACGGUCGUCAAGAACGAGAAUCGAAAGAAAGACUUUGGCUCACAGUGGGAGAUGGCCGACGAGAGCCCUGCUCAAGUACAGAAAGCGUUCGUGGGAAGCAAAGCAACUGGCAAAACGCAAAAGAGCCUGGAUACGCACUGGGGCUUGUAUGAGCAAUCCCCUGAGCAGUCGAAGAAAGAGAACAGCAAUGCACAUGGCAUCAAGACCUCAGGGAACGGCAUGGGGGGACGCAAGGGCACAAGUAGGGCAUGGGCCAUUGGCGAUGAGGGCGGCGAAGACGAGCAGCAGCAAAGCACGACAAAGGCCCCUGCAUCGCAAUCCAAAGGGUUCUGGGACUUCUAACCGAGACAGUCUCUCCCCGGUAACGAGUAAAGAAUAACGUGAACCACCAUGCACUCCCCUAUGCGCCUCCCACCUGCAGAAAUCAUAUUGCUCCCACGCCCCAAGCAUUUGAGACCGCCGACUGGUAGAGAAUAGCAGCGUCUGUGUCGACCCACUCACUCCUCGAGUGCAACUACCGGUCUUCCACGUUGCUCGCCUGUAAUGACUCUUUCCUUAUCUCCGUUCGUUGUUUCAACUAUUGUACCCAAUCACCCGUUUCCAUAGGCCCUUGUCAGCACUCCGCCAGUGUCUCCGCGGUUGGACGAUGAACAAACACUGCUGGUGCAAUUUCAAACCCCUCCUCGCCAAUGUGGUCGCUCAUGUUUUGAAUCCAGAGGCAGGGUGAAUGAUUCCCUUCUUGGGGAAGGGGAACCCGUCAAUAGAGUCCUUGUAGAGUAGUACUCAGUAGUGUAGCGUAC